AUGACCAUAUGUUACCCGGAUAUACCCACCAAAUUCAAACGCACCUCUGAACCCUUAAGGACUCCUAAAGAUAGCCAAGCCAUGUGUCGCCACCCAAUCCCUGAGGUACCGCAUGUGUUUUGCUAUGUUCAGCAAGAUUGCGCUUCUUCGAGCGAUAUGUCCCCCAGGCCGUCCCAGGGGUUUUCGAUUUUGGGCUGCGUUAUCGAGGUCGGUGUCGCGAAUCCUGGUGUCAAGUGUCGCCGAUCGGGUGAAGAGUAA